AUGAGUAAUAUAACGGAAAACGGUGUUGAUUUUCCAGCUCCUUCGACUGAGUUAACAAACUUACAACUAGAUCCAUCUCUCCUUUCUUUAAUUGAAAAUCUUAAUAGCUUAAAGCUAUCUGAAAUACAAGUCCUUAAAGGUAAAGUUGAAACGGAGUUGAGUAAAAAUCUAGAAUUACUUUCUUCAGAGGGUACCGAUUUACAUUCUUCUUUAAUUACUCCUGAUGGAUACCCGCGAUCAGAUAUCGACGUGUUACAAAUAACAAUGGCGCGGAGGAAUGUCAACAUGUUAAGGAAUGAUUUACAUAAAAUUAUAGAAAGAUCUCAUGAACUAUUAAACCAACAUUUUCAGAAAAGACCUUCGCCACCACCAUCACAGCAUUCAGCUCAAACAAAUUUAAAUUUAGACUAUAAGAUACCAUUUGCCGUAUUUGAUGAAAUAGUUUCAGGUAGUCCAAUUCAACAGGCUGGCGUCCAAAAUGGUGACAAGUUAAUUCUUAUCGGAGAUAUCAACGCUGGAAAUCACAACAGAUUACAGAAUAUUCAAAGGGUCGUACUACAAAGUGAAGACCGGAGAAUUCCACUAAAAAUAUCGAGGGAAAAUGAUGGAAUAUUGGAUUUAUGGUUGGUUCCGAGUCGUAACUGGUCCGGAAGGAGUUUGCUAGGUUGCAAGGUGCAGCAAUUAUGA